GGCGCACAAUGGAAAUACAAAUGCUUAGAUAUCUAUAUUUGAAAAUCUAUACAGAAAAUGGGAAAAAGACACGGGCAGAGAGAGCCCAAGCCAGGCCAGGCCAGCGAUUUAGUUGUGAAACGUUGCUCGAGUCUCGGAGAUGGCACUGCAACUGCAAAUCGAGAAGCUCAAAGGUUUGGACAACUAUAAGGCCUGGUCGAUGACGGUGCGGGCCUAUCUGGAGUCGGAGGAUUUGUGGUCUGUGGUGGACCAAGGUCCCGAGAACAACGAGGAGUCACUGCUCAAGGACAAGCGCGCCAAGUUCAUCAUACUCUGCCUGAUCGAGACGAAGCUGUGCCAGUUCAUGGUCAGCAUCCGCACGGCCCGGGAUCUGUGGAAUUAUCUGCGAACCCAGCACUCGCUGCGCUAAAACCAAAUCGAUCAAAUUUCAGUCCGUAUAUUGCAAAUAUAGGCUUACAAAAGACGUUUA